AUGUUCUUCACGGCUGUCUGUCUUUCGAAAGCUUCGCGGCGAGCUUUGACGCCCAAGCGGGGGAACAAGGACUUCUAUAAAGGAACUAGACAGGCCUUUCUCCCUGGUGGACACCGCACGGGUGCCCCAGGCAAACAUGUCAUCCGAGGCGCGUCGAAGUACCGUUUACUGGACGAGAAAGUGCGGGUAUUUGUCGCGCCAAGCAUAGAGGAGAUCAAAAUCAGCGAGGUAUGUUGUAUAGGUGUUAUCAAUUUGCUACUUUUCUGA